AUGGAGCGAUGUGAACCACCCCGAAAACGUCUCCAGAGGAAGCAAUUUCGUGGCAAAUUUCAGCGAGAGGAGAGUUCUGUGGAAGUGUUCACAAAAAUUAGACGCGGACCUCGUUUCGGCAACUUUGAGGCUACCUGCGAUAAGGAUGAAAAUCUCCAUCCUCAAGAGAUAAUUGAGUUUCCAUCAGUCAUAGUCAGUGGUGUUACUGGCCAAAUUGAAGCAUGUUUUCGGACAUAUGUAAGGCCUACUCAUAAUCAAAUUCUGACUGAUUUCUGCAAGGACUUGACUGGUAUCCAACAAGAUCAGGUGGAUAAUGGAGUUACAUUAGAUGAGGCUCUACUCAUGCAUGAUGAAUGGCUUGAAACCAAUGGGAUAAAGAACUCAAACUUUGGUGUAGUCACGUGGUCUAAUUGCGAUUGUAAGGUAAUGCUCGAAUUUGAGUGCAAAUUCAAAAAGAUAGCAAAACCUGCUUAUUUCAACCAGUGGAUCAACUUAAGGGUUCCUUUUCGUAACGUAUUUGGUGAUAUGAGGUGCAAUCUAAAGAAUGCUGUUGAGAUAGCUGGAUUGGAACAGGAGGAUCGCGCUCAUUCUGGACUUGAUGAUGCCAAAAACACUGUUCGAUUGUUGGCAUUAAUAAUGCACAAGGGCUAUAGAUUUUCCAUUACCAAUUAUUUGCCAUGUAAGCAAUAUGAAGAACAUGCAAGAGCUUUUUCUGAAUGCCAGUACAAAUUAAAGGGUAUGAUGAUUACCCCAAUGGUAGUAUCCCUUUACUUUCAUUGUGGGGUUACCCUGUGGUUAUGUUCAAUCCAAGUAUUAAAUUUUGAUUAUGAUGAUUUGCCUUAA